AUGCCCCAGUUCACUUUGUACGGCGCCCGCGGGUCGAGUAAUACCGACCGUGUUCGUCUGACCCUCGCCGACGCCGGCUUCACCGACUACGACACUGUCCUGCUGAACCUCGCGACGGGUGAGCAGAAGUCGCGGGACCACGUGCAGCGCCACCCAUGGGGCAAAGUGCCGGCCGUUGCGUUCCCGGACAGUGACUUUGUCCUCUACGAAAGCCGCGCCAUCUGCAAGUUCCUGGCGCACAAGUACAACUUUCCGCUGCUGCCUGCGGCCACGGACCUGCCGGCCACGGCGCUCUUUGACCAGGCCCAGUCCGUCGAAAUGCAGUAUUUCGCCGAGCCCGCGGGCCGCAUUAACUUUGAAACGGUGGCCAAGCGGUUCAUGGGCCUGCCGGCAGACGAGGCUGUCGUGGCGGCCUCCCUCAAGGCCGUCCUCGCCUACUUUGACGUCGCCGAGACGCUGUUGCAGAAGCAGGAGUACAUGGCGGGGACCACGUUCACGCUUGUCGACAUUUACUACAUUCCGCUGGUGACGCGCCUGUUUGCCGCCGGAUACGGGGAUCACGUCAUGGCCGACCGGCCGGCAGUGCGGGCGUGGUGGGGCCGCGUCACCAGCCGGCCGGGCAUCCAGGCCCUGCUGGAAACGGACAAGAAGGCGGCGGCGGCCGCUGCGGCAAAGAAGUAG